AUGCCACCCUCCGCCGAAUCUGCCCCGACCCCUCAACCCGCCCUCACCCCCCCGUCCACCACCACCACCCCUCUCCCCCCUUCUCCCCUCAACCCACCGCACGACCCCUCCCACGAAGAACACCAAUACCUCAAUCUCAUCCGCACGAUCCUCUCCCAAGGCGAAAACCGGCCCGACCGGACAGGCACAGGCACGCGCUCGAUCUUCGCGCCGCCCCAGAUGCGCUUCAGCCUGCACAAACCCAACCCAUCCGCCUCCACCCCGGGACAAGAAGAAUACACAUACACCCCGAUUCUGCCCCUCCUAACCACCAAACGAGUCUUCCUGCGCGCCGUCCUCGCCGAACUCCUCUGGUUCAUCUCCGGCUGCACCUCCUCCCAGCCCCUCUCGCAAGCGGGCAUCAAGAUCUGGGACGGCAACGGCAGCCGCGCCUUCCUCGACAGCGUGGGGCUCACCCACCGCGCCGAAGGCGAUUUGGGCCCCGUGUACGGCUUCCAAUGGCGGCACUUCGGGGCGCCCUACAUCGACGCCACCACCGACUACACGGGCCAGGGCGUCGACCAGCUAGCGGAGGUGGUGCGCAAGCUGCGGGAGACGCCGUUCGACCGCCGGAUCAUCAUGAGCGCGUGGAACCCGGCCGACAUCCCCAAGAUGGCGCUGCCGCCGUGUCACAUGUUCGCGCAGUUCUACGUGAGCUACCCGGGGGGGAUCACGGAGGACGGCAAGGGGAAGGGCAAGGGCCAUCUGCAUUGUUUGUUGUAUCAGCGGUCGGCGGAUAUGGGGCUGGGCGUGCCGUUCAAUAUCGCGAGUUAUGCGCUCUUGACGCAUAUGUUGGCGUUUGCGGUGGAUCUUGUGCCGGGCAGUUUGACGCAUACGUUGGGGGAUGCGCACGUGUAUUUGGAUCAUGUGGAGGCGUUAGAGGAGCAGGUGACAAGGGAGCCGACGGCGUUUCCGGAGGUGAGGAUCUUGCGGGGGGAUCGGGGGAGUGGGGUCGUGGAUGGGUGGAGGGAGGAGGAGUUUGAGGUGCUGGGGUACCGGCCGCAUAAGGCGAUUAAGAUGAAGAUGAGUGUUUAG